UUACAAUUAACUGGCAUUCGCAAGUGAGAUUUGUAUAGCAAUGAAGUUACAAGCAAGUGAGACUCUGUGUCUAGUAGUGUUUUUUUCAGUCGGUAUUGCUGUUGCUAUGCCGCCUGAAAGUGAUCCGAUUGUUACUACAAGUCUUGGAAAAAUUCGUGGUACCUGUUUAAAAUCCAGCACUGGUAAAGCUUUUUACGCUUUUCGGGGAAUACGUUACGCCAAGCCACCGAUAAACGAGCUAAGAUUUAAAGCUCCUCAGCCUGCCGACAAGUGGAAUGGAAUAUUUGAUGCAACGAAAGAUGGACCAAGGUGCCCUCAACCAACAGCUAACCUUUCGGACAUCUCGGAAGACUGUCUCCGCAUUAAUGUUUAUACGCAUAAUCUUCCCUCUGAAGGAAGCGGUAACGUAAGGAAGCCUGUUAUAGUUUAUUUACAUUCUGGAGGCUUUUAUGUUGGAUCUGGCCAGAGCUGGAAUUUCGCAGGACCUUUAUAUUUCAUGGAUCGUGACAUCGUGUUUGUCACACUCAAUUACCGGCUAGGCAUCUUAGGAUUUCUGAGCACUGGAACAGCUGAAGCACCAGGAAAUGCAGGACUAAAAGACCAAGUGAUGGCUCUAAAAUGGAUCCAAUCACAUAUUGCCGACUUUGGGGGCGAUCCAAAUUCAGUUACUCUAUUCGGUUACAGUGCUGGAGCAAGGAGUAUCACCAUGCAUUUGAUUUCACCAAUGUCGAGAAAUCUCUUCCAUAGGGCUAUUCUAAUGAGUGGUUCCACGACUACAGCCCAAUGGGAAGUUCCCCCGAAUCAGCUGGAUUUGGCCAAGCGCCAAGCUCGCCUGUUGAACUGCGGAGAUGAGAACAUUAAGGAGAUGGUGGAUUGUUUAAAAACAAAAAGCGCAGUUGAUUUCGGAAAAUCUUUACGUGACAUGUUCGAGUUCGGUAACGGAAAUCCAGUUGUACUCUUUAAACCAGUGGUUGAACCUGAUUUUGGACAGGAGAGAUUUCUAACUGAAACUCCCACAAAAGUGUACCAAAGGGGUGAUUUCAUGAGAAUACCACUUAUUUGUGGCAUCAAUAAAGAUGAAUUUGCUGUUUUAGCUAUCGUCACAUUAAGGAAUGACACCCUUCGUAAUCAACUUGACACCGACUUUAACACCUGGGCUCCAGUAAAUUUUUUAUAUGAAAGGAAUACCAAACGGUCAAAUGAAAUAUCUAAAAAGCUACGCGAGUUCUACUUAGGCGAUGGACCGCUCAGUCUUGAAAAAUCGCUCGAUGGAUUGGGCAAGCUUUACGCUGAUAGCCUUAUUGGAUUCCAAAUGCACCGAUUUAUUCAUCUGGUGGCUCCAUUUACCAAAAUUUACCAAUAUCGAUUUACCUACCAAGGAAGGUACAGCCACACCUACUACCCGGAUAACAAAACCCCUUUCGGCGUCGUUCAUCAUGAUGACUUAUUGUAUCUUUUAACGCUGCCUAGCAUUGCUCCUGUAUUUACAGAGAAAGAUCCGGAGCGAAAAACCAUGGAACGGCUCACUCGGAUGUGGACUAACUUCGCGCACACAAGUGACCCAAACGAUCCUUCUGAUGAAUAUCUUCGAAGUACCGAAUGGAUACCAUUUGACUCUGACCAUGAACGAUAUUUGAAUAUUGGAGAAAACUUGGAGAUGAAGCAACACCUCCAAAGUGACCGCUUCAAUGUUUGGGACAAUUUAUUCCCUCUACAUUAACUUAGGUUUAAUCCUCUUUUUAAUCUUCAAAAUAAAAGCACACAUUGUACUGAAAUAGA